GUGAAGACAUACUUUUGCAACCUGCCCACCGGGAUAUGUCCCCUGUGCUUUCUCAGCCCCCUUCUGCACAACGAUCAUGCAGAGCACGUUCGUUUGCGGGCGCACAUGCGCCACUUUCGGAUCGUUUCAACAGCCCUGAAUGCACGAAUUCAUAACGCAGCCGUCAUCUAUCGACGCGGUUCUUCUAUUGCGCUCAUCUGACUGACGGGGUCGAGUAGCUCUCUUGCUUUCCUCCUUCAUCUACGACCUCCCUCCCUUCACCACACCUUCCUCUCCUUCGCCAAUCGUUGCUACCGAUCAUGUCGUCCAAGGCCGCUGUUGUGCUCGCGUCCCUCGCUGCUGGUGCCAUCGCGGUGAAGCCUAUUCACUCGCACAAUGAUUACACCCGCGACAAGCCGCUGUUCACUGCACUCGACAAUGGGAUCCAGAGUGUUGAAGCGGACAUCUGGUGGAGGGACAACAAGCUACUUGUGGCCCACACUGUAUUCGACAUUGACAGCUCGAAGACUCUGGAUUCGCUCUACAUCCAGCCGAUCUUAGCUAUUGUCAAUGGCUCGAUGGAGUCCACGACGCCGCUCUCGAAGGACUCCCCGUUACAGCUGCUUAUCGACUUCAAGACGGACGGUGACGAUACCUAUCAGCCUCUUCUGGACGCGCUUGAGCCCUUGCGCUCAGGCGGUUACCUUACGACCUUCAAGGACGGUAGCCUGACCCAGGGCGCGGUCACUGUCGUUGGCACCGGCAACACGCCUCUGGAGUCUGUCGUGGCCGCAGAGCCGCGCGAUUUCUUCUACGAUGCCAACAUCUUGACACUGUACAGCACCAAGCCUGCUGACGGUAAGGAGUGGGGUCCUGAAAUUGCCCCCCUUGCAAGCUGCCAGUGGAGCAAGGUCGACGGGGACGACCAGAUGCAGGAGCUCGUCAAGGGCGCUCACGAUCUGAAGAUCAAGACGCGCUUCUGGGACACGGACAGCAACGAGGAGACGUGGAACAAGUUCUGGGAUGCUGGUUCGGACUGGGUGAACGCGGACGAUUUGGAGGCGAUCAGCAAGGCGUGGGAGGCGCGUAACGCCUGAGCCUUCUCUUCCUGUUGUUCCUUAGCGAUAGCCGUAUGUCACGAAGAAGAUUAAUUUAUUCACGUCGACCUGGCGAGUAUGCCUGAGUGGUGUGACG